AUUAUUAACAAUAUGUUUGUGCCACUUGAAGGAAAAGCUGCAGAUUUUAAAGACCAUACUCUGGUCAUCCCCUCUCCUGAGAGCCAUGGGGAAUCCCCAUCCCUAGGCGUCGACCUGAUGAUCAUGAAUCAUGGAUAUGCCCAUGUAGGGUACUUUGACUCAGAGCAUAUGGACCCUUUGGUAGGAAAUGAUAUUUUAAGCCAUAAAGAGCCAACUGGAGAACUGGUCCUUCAUAAUUGAGUGUAUACAAAUGUUGAAGCAAAGGUCGCACUUUUUGCCUUCAGGAGCAGUGUCCCUAAAGGAAGACUUCAGGAAUUUUCAGAUGAGAUUGAGAAAUGGUUCACAGAAGGAGGAUUCAAAAGAAUUGUUAUCUUAACGAGCACUUAUAACCCAGUUAGAAAGAUUAGAGUAUCUAAGUUCCAGAUUCCAAAGAUAUUCUAUUUCGAAAAUCCUCAUUUUGCUGCCAGUGCUUCAUUCUCUAGCUUUGUAGAAGGGCAUGAAAGAUUUGGACAUUGGAUUGAGGAAAAGAAAACAGAGUUUGAUGAACUUAAAGAUAUGCCCUCUUCUGGCCAAGGAACAAGUAUUUUCAAGAAGUUAGCUAAUAAGGAAAUGGAGGUCAUUAUCUUCACCUUGCUCUCUCUUGAAGGAGUUGAUGUACUUGGAGGCCUUGCCUACCAAAAAUUACUCCUCAAAAUUGGAGGCCAAGAGUCUAGCGAUGAAGAAAUGAUCGAUACUUCAGGAGGGAAGGGAACCGGAUCAGAGGAGGCUCUUGACGAAUACCAGAUUCAACUAGAGGGAUCAGAGACAUUGAGAAAGUUGUUUAGCGAAGAGCUGGGCCUUAAGGUCCCAUUCUACUGGAAAGACAUCUACGUCUAG